ACGCUGAGGGUCGGAGGCGGCGGCCAGGCCCGGGCCGGCCGCUAGCGCUGCCAUGGACGCGGCCGAGGUGGAGUUUCUGGCCGAGAAGGAGCUGGUUACCAUUAUCCCAAACUUCAGUCUGGACAAGAUCUACCUCAUCGGGGGGGACCUGGGCCCCUUUAACCCCGGCCUACCGGUGGACGUGCCCCUGUGGCUGGCCGUUAACCUGAAGCAACGCCAGAAGUGCCGGCUGGUUCCUCCCGCGUGGAUGGACGUGGAAAAGUUGGAGAACAUUAGGGAUCAUGAACGAAAAGAAGAAACUUUUACCCCUAUGCCUAGCCCUUACUACAUGGAACUGACCAAACUCCUGUUAAAUCAUGCUUCAGACAACAUCCCAAAAGCAGACGAGAUCCGGACCCUGGUCAAGGAUGUGUGGGACACCCGCAUAGCCAAACUCCGGGUGUCUGCUGACCGCUUUGUGAGGGACCAGGAGGCGCAUGCCGAGCUGGAUAACUUGACCUUGAUGGAGAUCAACACCAGCGGGGCUUUCCUCACACAAGCGCUCAACCACAUGUACAAGCUCAGAACAAACCUGCAGCCUUCUCCAAGUAGCCAGUCUCAAGACUUCUAGAGAAAGACUUUGGUCUGUGAAGACCUCGCGUCUGCUAGCAGGCUUGCCGGGUUGUGUGGGAGUGCUCAGGACGCGACAGAGGCACUCACAGUUCUGGAGUUUUGGAACCAUUUUUGAAUGUGUGAAAAAUGUGUAAUGAAGUAAGGAAUGGAUUCAUAACGUUGUUGGAAGGCAACAGGUUUGUGCUUAGUCCUCAAGACAUUCUUUACUUCCACAUCGGUCCCUAGAAGCCAGCUGUUCUUUUAUGGGGGAAAGAAAAAAGCUUUGGCAAAUAAAGUUAUUUUUCCCAGCAGA